UAGGAGGUAUGGAUCCUUGCGAGUGUUUAUCUUUAAAGUUUAAAAUGCUAAAAUAAUUUUAACUAAUAAUUUUUGCUGCAGUGUGAAAUUUGAAUUAUAUGUAUAUAUCCGUUUAAUUUAUGAAUCAAUUGCUAGAAAAUAACAUUGUGGACAUUUAUACGUAAUGAGUGAGAAAGAAAUUGUGUGUGCAGCCUUAGACAACACUUCCUUAAAACAAGAAGGGAAUCUUGGAAAUUCAAAUACUACAUGUGCAGUUCAAGAAAAAUUAUUAAAUUCUGUUGGAAGUGAAGAUGUGACUGUUGGGCUGCAACCUGAUGAGAAAAAUGAUCAUGAGGACUCAGAACAAGAAGAGUUUGAGGAAGAUGUAAUGACUGGUUCUUAUGGGGAAAUAUCAUUGGAUCGUGAACUCCUUUCUUGUGCAAAAAAUAGUGAUUUUCAGGACAGCAGAGAAGAUGAGAAACAGUCAAAUGAAAAUGGUGAAGAGUGUGCAAAUGAAGAAGCUGUGAGAGAAAAUAAGAGACCUGAUAGUUUAGUCUUGAUAAAAAGUUCAUCUAAUUUUUCAGCAGAUGAGUUGGUUGCUUCAGACAAAGAAUCAACAUAUGUACAGCAGGUUCACAAAAGUCAACAAACAUCUGAUGGUCGCACAAGUGAUGAAGUAUCUCCUUCUGUCAGUUCAGAAGAAUUUGCUCUGCAUUGUUCUGGACGAGGUAGGACAAACAGUGAUACAAGUGGCCUUUCAGAACUUCAGGGUACCCUAACGGUAGAUGGAGAUAUGGUAACUUUUGUUGCUGAAGACUUGCAUGAAAAGAUAAAAAUGAGCAGCCCAGUAUCUCGGUGGACAGAUUCUUCAUCUUUUCCUGGUUCUCGAUCAUCCACACCCAGCCUUCCUAGACAAGUCUUGCAAUCUAGUGUUCAUGUUAUUGACCCAAAUAUUUUAACAGAUUUGGAAAUGCAUGCUAAAAAAGUUGCUACUUGCCUUGAUACUAUGCUGGAAAAUCUUAGUGGAACAUUGCAAAGUAUUUCAUCUCUAACAGUUGAGUGCAUGGAAACGUAUGAAAAUUCAGUGUGUAAAACUUGUGAUGCUGUUGAUGUUAAUAUAAAGGCAGUAUAUCAGUUGAUGGCUAAAUGUGAAGAGUUAAGCAAUUCAAUGAAUCCACUUUAUCGGAUAUCAGGUGACAUAAAACAUAUAAAGAAAAUGUUAGAUCAGUUGGAACAUAUCGUGGAACAUAAAUCUUGAUGACCUUUUGCAUGUAUUCAGACCUUGAAAUUACUGUUGUAUGAUUUACUACUAUUGCACAGAAAAUGCAGUUUUAUUUUGUACUCUUCAAAGUGUUUUACUGAUAUAGCAUUCCUUGAUUAUAAAAAAAUGUAUGAAGACUACAUAUGAUCAUUAAAAUUAUAUGGAAAAAUUA